UCUCAGCUCGAUUUGGUUCCGAAUUUGGAAUGACUUUCGCCUGAUAAUUUAUGGUGAUAUUGUACGUAACGCCUUCCCUUUAUGGAUUAUUCUUAUUGUUGUACAACACGAAUCGGACCCGCGUGCGAAAUUCUCUUCUUUGGGUAUUCUCGUUCUUCUCGUCUGCCUGCUGCAGCCGGCCCAAAGCUUUCCCACAAUAAAUUCAGUUUGUAGCACCUCAAACACUUGUUAUUCAACUCCCCUGCUCGUGGGAAAAGGGUGUUUCUUUGAAGAUGAAUGACCUUCUGACGGAUUCCUUUGUCGGUGAUGUCAAAGACAAUGCUUCCAGAGAACAUGAUCUUGAGAUGGGUUUUCGAGUUCCUAGGAGUAAUUCCGACUUGGGAAUGGAAUCCUUUCAUAAGCAGAUACAAGAGGUUGAGAAGCAGGUGGACAGACUCUCGGCUUUGCUUGUGAAGCUUAAGGAUGCAAACGAGGAGUCAAAAUCAGUUACCAAAGCAUCUUCCAUGAAAGCUAUAAGGAAGCGGAUGGAGAAAGAUGUAGAUGAAGUGGGAAAAAUAGCACGGAAUGUAAAACUGAAAAUUGAAGCAAUAAAUAAAGAUAACUUAGCAAAUCGGCAAAAGCCCGGUUCAGGUAAAGGAACUGCAGUGGAUAGGUCAAGGAUGACAGUGACAAAUGCCUUAACCAAAAAAUUUAAAGACCUCAUGACAGAAUUUCAGGCCUUGAGACAGAGGAUCGACGACGAAUAUCGUGAGGUUGUUGAGAGAAGGGUAAUGACAGUAACUGGAACCAGACCGGAUGAAAAGACCAUCAACCAUCUGAUUGAAACUGGAAACAGUGAACAAAUAUUCCAGAAGGCUAUCCAAGAAGCCGGCCAUGGGCAGGUACUAAAUACUUUGGAAGAAAUUCAAGAGAGGCAUGAUGCCGUAAAAGAAAUUGAAAAAAAGCUUCUCGACUUGCACCAGAUUUACCUUGAUAUGGCUGUUUUAGUUGAAGCUCAAGGAGAAAUCUUAGAUAACAUUGAGAGCCAGGUGUCGAAUGCAGUCGAUCAUGUCCAAUCAGGGACAACUGCACUUCAGAAUGCAAAGAAACUUCAGAAGAACUCGAGAAAAUGGAUGUGCAUUGCCAUUAUUAUUCUCUUAAUUAUCGUAGCCAUUAUCGUUGUCGGGGUUCUCAAACCUUGGAAAAACGGGGAGGGUGCUUAGUCUCUGCUUUCUUAUCGUUUGUGAAUUAUUAGAGCUAUUUAGGGAGAAUUCUCACUUAGCCUUUGCAUCAUAAAUAGUCCUAGACACGGUGUUUCUCACUUUAAACUUGUUUCUUUGCUGGUUUUCUGUGUUUGAAUGUCGACGGAAAGUUGUGUGAAUCCAUAGUUAAGGUUUUGAAUGAUAUUGCAUGAGAAAUAGUUCAGGAAACAGGGGAAGUUUUUGCACAAGGGGAUUGAUUCCUCUUUUGUUGGCAGACUUGGAAUUUGGAAAUGCUUCUAUUCUGUGAGUAGUUCAUUGUUUAUUUGAAUUUUUAUUAUUUUUGUUCUAUUUUCUAUUAUUAUUAUUAUUAUUUUAUUUUAUUUAUUUAUUUAUUUAUUUGAACAUGAACAAUUUAUUAACAAUCUUUUCAUCACUAUUCUUGACGUUUGUUUUAUUUCCUAAUUAAUAUAUUUGUUGAAAGCAAAAGGACAUCUUUUUUAGAAAUUA